AUGCCUUUCAUCUCUGCCCCUCAGUCGAUAUUAUAUCCGCCUACCAGGAGGCCUUGGGAUACACGGGAAGGAAGUUGGCCUCUCCGCACUUCUCGAGGAAACCCGCCGGCUCGCCGACGAUGGGAUGGCUCCUGCAUGCAGCGAGCUGCUGCUAGGGGUGCUCGGCUACUUCGGGGCGUGCUGAAUUGGGUUUGCCCUCCUCCGCUGAUGGGUAUUGCGAUCGCCGAGUAUAAAAAAAUGCUUGCAUUAUGCUCACGAUCGGCCACUGGCAGCGUAGAGACACCGGGCUUCGGCUCACCUAGCUACCAAUCGGGCAUUUCUAAGGCCCAGGAAUACGUUGAAGCCUGCGAUGUCAUGGCUAGCGAAUGGAAGUCUGCCCUAGAGGGGUUGUGCUUGUGCACUGAUAGUUCCGGCGAUGGCGGCAUCUUGAUGAAACGGCGGAAUCCUGCUCGACACGAGCGAGGCACGUUCGCCAUCGACAGUUAA